AUGCUUGGCACUGAGCAUGAAAAACAUGCAAACUGUAUCCCGAGGAUGUGUCUAUUCAACACUGACACUGACCCAGGUGAAGAAUCGAGUCUUGGGAAGUCAUUUGUUCCAAUUCCAUCAAACUCCGCGUUCUUCGCGUCCGUCGCCGUUUACGGAACUGUUCCUUUCACAGGCCGCCUUGAUGGCGAAGCAGCCUUAGCAAGGGCGUCCCAAGUCUUUGCCGCAGUUGCGGCCGUCGACCAAGCACCUGGACGAGAGAUCUGUGAAGAGUUGCUGACCAAGGAGGUACCAAGGGCUUCUGAACUCUGGGCUGACCGUGGGCGACGCGGUUUGCACUGCGGCAUUUGGAUGUCUGUGGGAGGAAGCUCUGCAGAGAAGGAGGUGCCCAAGGCACCAUCCUCUCCACUCCUGCCGAUUUGGCUAGAAGGGGAGCUGAUGGGCCGGCAAGUGUGGCCGCAGCCAAAGGUGACCAUCUCAGGACGUUUGGAGGCACGUGGAAUUCCCACCUCCAUGCGGAGCGCUGCAGAAGCCUUUGCAAAAAGAGAGCGGAUCGCAAUGACUCACCGCAGGGCCUGA